AUGUACUACCGGGCCGGCAAGGUCUCGAGCUGCGGCUCCCGGAUCAGACGCGAAUUCCGCCCGGCUACGACGGCCACCGUGCUCGACCGCCUCGACGCGGCCGGUGCCAUCGACUUGGGCGGCCUCGCCAUGGUCGAGUUCGCCAUGGGGCCCCACGGCUUCAACGCCCAUCUGCCGCGCUGCCGCAAUGUCUGGGAUUUUGGGCGCAUCCCCUGCGGCUCAUCCUCGGGCUCGGGCACGGCGGUCGCCGGCCGCCUGGUCUACGCGGCGCUCGGCUCCGACACCGGCGGCUCCAUCCGCUGCCCGGCGGCGGCCAACGGCGUCGCCGGCAUCAACCCCACGCAGGCCCGGGUCAGCCGUUUCGGCUGCAUGCCGAUGUCGUGGUCGCUCGACGUGAUGGGGCCGCUGGCGCGAACGGUGCGGGACUGUGCCCGCGUGCUCGGCGCGAUCGCAGGCGCAGACGAGAACGACGCCACCACGAGCGCCGAGCCGGUGCCCGACUACGAGGCGACGCUGGAGCAGAGCGUGCACGGCGUGCGCAUCGGCAUUCCUGCGGGCUAUUUCGACGAGGACCUCGAUCCGGGCGUGGCUGCCGCGAUCGAGGCCACGCAUGCGGCCGAGGGCGCGGCCAACCACCUGCCCUGGAAGCGCGAGCGCGACGCGGAGUAUUCCGACGAGGUGGGCAAGCGCCUGCAGGCGGGCUUCUUCAUCCCCGCGACCGACUACAUCAACGCCUUGCAGUACCGCGCCCAUGCGCUCCGGGUCUUCAUGGACGCUGUGUUCGGCGCCUGCGAUGCCCUGCUGGCCCCGGUGCUGCCGAUGCCGACGCCGACGCUCGCGGACACCGCCUACCGGGACGGGCCCGCCUAUCUCAAGAUGGUCGUGGGGCUGACGCGCAACACGCGGGUGGUGAACUACCUCGGCCUGCCGGCGCUGAGCGUGACCUGCGGCUUCACGCCCGACGGGAUGCCGACCUCGUUCCAGCUCAUCGGCCGGCCCUUUGCCGAGGCGUUUCUGUUCCGCCUCGGCCAUCAAUAUCAGCGCGAGACGGACUGGCACCGGCGCUGGCCUGCCGCGCUCCCGGCCUGA